GGAUCGCAGAACUACUCUCGAUGUGGAUGUGCUACUUGUACUUUGAUAAAACUACUGAGUAACCCUAAAACUUUUCCCGCCGCCUUGAUCUCCAUAUACUUAGAAUCCUUGUUUACGACAAGGCUCAGUAAUGAUGAAGGAACAAAAAUGAGGGAAAGCACGUUAUAGAGAGGGAGGACCGCGAGGCUCCCUUCCUUCGGGGUGAAAGCCGCUGUCGGGAGGAGACGCCCUCUACGAGAUACGAGCAAAAUGGCUUGUAGUAGCCCCUUUUUAGGAAACAUCAGAGCUACGACACUCCUUUUCGCAUUCGCAGGAGGAGACCAGCUAUUAGGCGUUCAAGCAUUGAGUGUCGGUGCUAGAAGGAUUCCAGCGCUGGGGCCUCGAGGUGAGGUACCGAGGGAUACGAACAACGAUCCUUUCGCAGCGGCUCUUGCUGCAGGACGUCAGGUAGUAGCGUCUCCGGCUAACGGACUAGUUCGGACUAGUUCGAGGAUAGUUCCAGCUAGGCAGGAGGGACAUGCGAGUAGCAGUUCGACGAGGAGAGAAGAACGACCCAGUGGAAGGGAACACUUCAAUAGAAGAGAUGUUGAGGAUGCGAAACGGCCCAGAACUACUUCAAGAGUUGUUUCUUCUGCACCAGUAGAGCAAUAUGGAAACCUCCAGGAGGAUGAUGCAAAUCAAGAAGACACGACCACAAUUGUAGAAAGCGAGCUACCGUCUGGCGUCGAAACGACAGGAGGUAUUGUUUUGUAGCUACGAUCGUUUCGUAGAUGAACCUGCGCUGUGGUCUGGUAUGAGUCUAAUAACUUCAUCUCUGAACAAAGCUCAUCUUUGAAAAUUCGACUUUCCCCCAUACAGAUUGAAUGACUCCUCUACAUCAGCCCUUCUUCGCUACAUGGACGCGUCCAGACGCUUAGACGCCGUCCGACGACCUUCUGUGGCGGAUAUGUAUGCGGCUAGGGGUCUAACGUUACAAGCGGCGAACGAGGCUGCGGCUGGCUUCAAGCAGGACUUUGUUCCAGGACAAACUCCGGAGCAUCGAGACAUCCAUGAAUCAGCGUCCUCUCCUUCCGUACAAGGAGAAGAGGACCUCCACAUGGGUGCAGCUUUGCGACACACUGCGAGAGCGUUAUUGAACUUCAUUUGCGAUGGCUGUCUAGGACAUCAAGCGACAGGCAAGUUGCAGUUGGUGUAAUACAAAAGUCCCAGUUCUAUGCUUAUCCUUGCUGCAAAACAAGUAUCCAUUGAUUACAACUUUUUUUCCAAAUCAUGCUAGCUUGCAUAAAAUUAGGUCUACUGCACAGGUACCGAACAGACUGUCCUCUAAGAGCACGGAGUUCUACUUAAGUAAAGAGAAACCCCUACCAAAGUAAAGAGACCAAUCACGAGAAUUCAUAUCAUGUGUUCUCCGAAGAAAAGUUGAACGAGAUGCUGUAUGCUACAGCAGCGAAUUUCUGUGCCCUUGUCUUUCACAACCAACUGCCAAUAAAUGCAACCAGAAUUAUUAUGAUGAAUGGAGCCUGCUGCGUGUCGAAAAGUGCGACGAAAUAAAGAUGGCAAAAAUUUCCUAUAAAAGAAUGCAAAAACGAGACGAAGAUGAUGA